AGCCCUCUGGAUAGAGCCCAAGCAGCCAAGAACAAAGGAAACAAAUACUUUAAAGCAGGAAAAUAUGAGCAAGCUAUUCAGUGUUAUACUGAAGCAAUCAGUCUCUGCCCGCCUGAGAAAAACCUUGAUCUUUCUACUUUCUAUCAAAAUAGAGCUGCUGCCUAUGAACAACUGCAAAAAUGGACAGAAGUGGCACAAGACUGCACAAAGGCUGUUGAGCUUAAUCCUAAAUACGUAAAAGCUCUCUUCAGACGCGCAAAGGCUCAUGAGAAGCUAGACAAUAAGAAGGAAUGUUUAGAAGAUGUCACUGCAGUCUGCAUUUUAGAAGCCUUCCAAAACCAGCAAAGUAUGCUGUUAGCUGACAAAGUUCUUAAACUCCUUGGGAAAGAAAAGGCCAAAGAGAAAUACAAGAAUCGUGAGCCUCUGAUGCCCUCGCCACAGUUCAUUAAGUCCUACUUCAGUUCUUUCACAGAUGAUAUCAUCUCCCAGCCUUUGCUCAAGGGUGAGAAAUCAGAUGAAGAUAAGGAUAAGGAGGGAGAGGCGUCUGAAGUAAAAGAAAACUCCGGCUAUUUGAGAGCAAAACAGUAUAUGGAAGAAGAGAACUAUGACAAAAUCAUCAGUGAAAGCACAAAAGAGAUCGAAGCAAAAGGGAAAUACAUGGCAGAGGCUUUGCUUCUGCGAGCUACUUUUUACUUACUUAUUGGCAAUGCAAAUGCUGCCAAGCCAGACCUAGAUCAGGUCAUCAGCAUGGAAGAUGCAAAUGUGAAGCUCCGAGCUAACGCUCUGAUCAAACGAGGAAGUAUGUAUAUGCAGCAGCAGCAACCUGUGCUGUCCACUCAGGACUUCAACAUGGCUGCCGAUAUUGAUCCUCAGAACGCAGAUGUUUACCACCACCGAGGACAACUGAAAAUCCUGCUUGACCAAAUUGAAGAGGCUGUGGAAGACUUUGAUGAAUGUAUCCGAUUGCGACCCGACUCUGCUUUGGCACAGGCACAGAAAUGUUUCGCUCUGUAUCGCCAGGCUUACACAGGAAAUAACGCUGUGCCCGUGCAGGUAGCCAUGAAAGGCUUUGAAGAUGUCAUUAAAAAAUUCCCAAAGUGUGCUGAAGGCUAUGCACUCUAUGCUCAG